AUGGUGCAGAAAUCAGCCAACGGUGGAGUUUACCCGCCUCCAGCUGGGGAGAAAAAACUAAAAGUCGGGUUUGUCGGGCUGGACCCAGGAGCGGCGGAGACAAGCCGAGACGGAGCACUUCUCAUAGCGGGUUCGGAAAGCACAAAACGGGGCAGCAUCUUGUGCAGACCUCGGUCCAGCAUCUCUGGAGGGGGAAGAGCUCAAAAGAGAAAUGCCGGCUAUCGAAGACUGCAAAAUUUUCUCUAUAAUGCUCUGGAGAGACCGCGUGGCUGGGCAUUCGUUUAUCAUGCUUAUGUCUUCCUGUUGGUGUUCUCCUGCCUUGUCCUCUCUGUGUUUGCUACAAUAAGAGAGUUCAAGAAGAGCUCUGAGAGUGCCUUGUACAUCCUGGAAAUUGUGACAAUCGUGGUGUUUGGUGUGGAGUAUAUCGUGAGAAUCUGGUCUGCUGGAUGCUGCUGUCGUUACAGAGGAUGGCGAGGGAGGCUGAAAUUCGCCCGCAAACCGUUUUGUAUCAUCGACAUCAUGGUGUUGUUUGCCUCCGUGUCCGUGCUGGCCGCUGGGUCGCAAGGGAACGUCUUUGCCACCUCUGCCAUCAGGAGUUUAAGGUUCCUUCAGAUUCUGCGCAUGUUGAGAAUGGAUCGGCGAGGAGGCACAUGGAAGCUGCUGGGAUCAGUGGUUUAUGCACACAGCAAGGAACUCAUCACAGCAUGGUAUAUUGGCUUCCUGUGUCUGAUCCUGGCCUCGUUCUUGGUCUAUUCGGUGGAGAAGGACGACAAUGAGAUGUUUGAGACAUAUGCCGAUGCGUUGUGGUGGGGUUUGAUUACUCUAACCACUAUCGGCUACGGAGAUAAGUUCCCCACAACGUGGAAUGGACGCCUCAUUGCUGCCACCUUCAGUUUGAUAGGCGUGGCUUUCUUUGCACUCCCUGCAGGUAUCCUGGGCUCAGGGUUUGCUCUAAAGGUACAGGAGCAGCACAGACAGAAGCACUUUGAGAAGCGUCGGAAUCCUGCUGCGGGGCUUAUUCAGGCUGCUUGGAGAUUUUAUGCAACUAAUCUGUCCCGGACAGACCUGGUGUCCACGUGGGACUUUUACGAGCAAAACGUAUCCGUCCCCAUGUACAGACUUGUCCCUCCCCUCAAUCAACUGGACCUACUGCGCAGCCUGAAGGGAAAGUCCGGAUUCAGGAAGGAUUCCCAGGCAGAGACCUCUCCCAGUAGUGAGAUAUCACACAAAGACACACUCUGUGGGUGCUGCCCAAGAAAUCCUAGCCGCAAGCCCAGUUUGAAAGAGAAGGUUUUCACCAGUCCUUCUAAGAGUGCUGGGACUAAAGAGACCAAAGGCCCAGGAGCUGAGGAAGGAGCAGAGGAGAGCCCUAACAAAGUGACCAAGAGCUGGAGCUUCACCGAACGCGGAUCCCGCAGAACUACGUUCAAGAUCAAGGACGGUACCACCCGCCAGAACUCGGAAGUGCUGAUUGAGAUGCAGGAUGAAGACUUUGGACUGAAGAGCUCCCCAGCGAUUGAGGGGUUGAUCAGGGCUAGCCUUCCUCGCGAUGAUUUUGGAGAUGAUAAGACCUGCCAUUGUGAGUUUCUUCAGGAUUUAUCUCCUGGGUUGAAGGUCGCUAUAAGGGCAGUGUGCAUCAUGAGAUUCCUGGUGUCCAAGAGGAGGUUUAAGGAGAGCUUAAGGCCUUAUGACGUGAUGGAUGUGAUAGAGCAGUACUCGGCUGGUCAUCUCGACAUGCUCUCCCGCAUCAAGAACCUGCAGUCCAGGAUAGAUAUGAUCGUGGGUCCCCCUCCCCCUUCGACCCCACGCCAUAAAAAAAGCAGAGAAAUGCAACGCUUGGACCAGAUUGUAGGUAAAGGUCCUCCAGCAGGAGAGAAAGACAAGCCCAAGAGCACCGGGGAGGGCGAGGCUGCCGAGGACCCGAGCAUGAUGGGUCGUUUGGGGAAGAUGGAGAAACAGGUUGGUGCCAUGGACAGGAAACUGGAUUUCCUGGUGAACGUAUAUGCCCAGCGGAUGGGCCUUCCACGCUCGGAGACUGAAGCUCUGCUGGGCUUCAAGAUACCUGAUCCUGCACCUCCGUACCACAGCCCCGAGGACAAGAGCGGCCAAGACGAAAAAGAAGAGAAGAGGAGCAAGAGUGUGUCUGCUGUGGGAGACAAAUCGGGAGCAGGUCAGGGCCAGGCCAGCUCCCCUUCGGUCGACAGCCAGUGUCGACCGUCCACGUCCUGGCAGCAGCACGGAGAGCAGCCGCUGAACGUUCCCCUCUGGAACAACAGCCGAGGGGUUUCGCCCGUGGGCACUGAUGACCCCUCUUUGUAUCGGAUUCCCCCCCCGCCGCCGCCCGAAGCUGGGGAAGGCGGCCGGCAGCGGAGAUCCAGACGCCCGUGGCAGCAAACCCAGGCCGUGGAGAGCGACACAUCCUUGUCCAUCCCCUCGGUGGACCAUGAAGAGCUGGAGCGAUCCUUCAGCGGCUUCAGCAUCUCUCAGGCUCGGGAGGAGGACUACAUGCAACCCACAGGCCUGGGGCUUUUUGGUAGUGGUGGCGGGGUAGGGGGAGCACUCUGCACCCGUAUCCGGCCCUAUCUGGCCGAGGGUGAAUCAGACACAGAUUCCGACCUUUACACUCCUGGAGCACCUUCCCCUCUUUCUUGCACUGGGGAUGGCUCAUUUGGUGACAGGGCAUGGCCAGGAUUCAAAUAA